AUUGAACCAAACUGUAUGUAGGUAUUAUAUUGCUCUGGUCUUGUUUCGUAACCAAACGACUCAGAUGCAGAGUGGAUAUAACUUGCUUAAUGUCUUAUUUUGUAGAUAAUAAAAUGAAGGAAAUCUUUAUUUGGUAAAGAGUUGUUUCUCAGUGUAGCAGUUCACUUAUCAUUUUCAAUGUUCAACUCUCAUAGAAUGAUAGAACACACAAGGAGGUUAGAUUGUGCAGAUGCUUAUGGUUGAAAGACUUUACCUAACAGUGGUACAAGGCGUUUUUGUUGGGAUCACAUGUGAAAGUUAGGCACAUGUAUUUCGUUCUUGGAGUUGGUACAAGACUGCAAAAAAAGACAAAGAGGAGGUCUAGGAUUUGGAUGGAGAAGUAAUCGCCCCAUAGGAGGAACUUUUUCCUCAAGUCUUUACCCACAAUUCUACCAGUUCUCUUGCCCACAAGCUGAUGAGAUUGUCAUGACUGUACUUGAAAAAGCCAUAGCUAAAGAGCCAAGAAUGGCAGCAUCUUUACUCAGACUUCACUUCCACGACUGCUUCGUCCAGGGAUGUGAUGCAUCAAUCCUGUUGGAUGAUAGUGCUACCAUAAGAAGUGAAAAGAAUGCAGGACCAAACAAGAACUCCAUUAGAGGGUUUCAAGUCAUAGAUGAGAUCAAAGCCAAACUAGAGCAAGUUUGCCCUCAAGUCGUCUCCUGUGCCGACAUUCUAGCUCUUGCUGCCCGUGGCUCAACUGUACUGAGCGGUGGACCAUCAUGGGAGCUUCCACUAGGGAGAAGAGACUCGAGGACAGCGAGCCUCAACGGCGCAAACACGAACAUUCCUGCACCAAACUCCACUAUUCAGAACCUCUUAAACAUGUUCCAACGCAAAGGUUUGAACGAAGAAGACCUUGUUUCCCUAUCAGGAGGACAUACGAUUGGAGUAGCGAGAUGCACAACGUUCAAACAAAGGCUAUACAAUCAAAACGGUAAUAACCAACCAGACGAGACACUAGAAAGAUCCUACUACUAUGGUUUAAGAUCGAUCUGUCCACCAUCUGGCGGCGACAACAACAUUUCACCUCUAGACUUAGCCUCUCCUGCUAGAUUCGACAACACAUAUUUCAAGCUCCUCCUAUGGGGCAAAGGCUUAUUGACAUCAGAUGAAGUGCUUCUCACUGGCAACGUAGGCAAGACUGCUGCAUUAGUUAAAGCUUACGCAGAAGACGAGAGCCUUUUCUUCCAACAAUUCGCAAGGUCGAUGGUUAACAUGGGGAACAUUCAACCUCUUACUGGUUUUAAUGGUGAGAUCAGAAAGAGUUGUCAUGUGAUUAAUUAAAAACAAAACAAAAACUUUGUUUUCAGCAUAUUAUUGUAUUAAUGGCGGUCGAUGAAGAAAUAAGUCGUCGUGUGAUGUUUUUUCAAUAUGUUAGUGAUCUAGUUAAACAACUUUAUGAAUGAAAAUGUACCGUUCGUUGUUUGAA